AUUUCAGGGUUUGCUUCAGUUCCUGUUACUUGAUGGCUGAAAUACGGAGUUGGUGGGAAUAAUGCAGCGCAGUGUAGCGUACAGUCUGCCAUAACAGACAAUUUAAACUAUUUCAUCUCAGGCAGCUGAGUAUCUCACAGCUCUACAUGUCUUUUGAAAGGAGAUUUCUUUCAGCCCUGGUCCUUGGAUAAAAGAAAUGUAUUCCUUCCUAGCCCUGUUCACCCUGGUUCUAAUCGCCUCCAUUUGUAAAGGCCUGCAUGACAACACCUGCCGCGUCGUCCCUAAAGAUCAGUACAUCGAAGUGGGAUCGGACACCAAGGUAGUGUGCCAGACUUCAUGCAUCCGUGGCAAAAUCUUCUGGACGCUGGACAACAGGCACAUAAACGAAAGCCUGUCGAGCACCAUCAACUCCACGCACACCGUCCUGUCGCUGAGGAACUUCACCAACCGCAGUGCUACGCUGCAGUGCCACAGCGCGGCUACGCAGCAGGUCCUGGGAGGCACCACCAUCAGAACGUACUCAAAGCCCAGCAAAUUAUCGUGCCUCUUGCAUCACGACAAUCAGGCGACACAAGGUUUGCCAGACCUGUUCACAUGCAGCUGGGAGCAUCAGAUCGAUCCUCCCCUGGAAAUAAACUACACUGUGCUGUGUGACUCUUGGUCGUGCCCUCCCCAGAGUGAGAUCUGCAGCUCACACCAAACGACGUGCACGUCCAACUAUGUCGAUAUAUCUGAUAAAAUGCCUCUCGCAUGGCCUUCCAGUGUUGUUGUGAUAGCCAGAUCUGCUGCAUGGAAUGCCUCCUCCGACCCAUACGAAUUUAAUCCAUUCAACAUACUGAAAAUCACCCGUCCAAACGUGAGCGUCGUCGCCGUCUCUGAUCAUCUGUCGGUGGAGUGGAACGUCACAUCAUUUUCCGAAAGAAAGCUUCACUGCCAAGUCAAAUACGCCAAGGCUGCUGACGAAGGAACUCCAGAGUGGGUGCUCAACAUGACUCUGGAAACCAAAGAGGAGAAAGGGGAAAUGAGCGUUGAGAAUGUGGAAUCCUGCCGUAACUACACAUUUGCAGUCCGCUGUGCUUUAGCUGAGGCCCCCUGGAGCGACUGGAGCCAGGAGAGGACAGUUCUGACCAAACUAAAUAAGGGCGAUGUCGAGCUGCACCUGUGGAGGAAGGUUGCUGAGGCGGAUAGAAAUGGAGUCAGAAAAGUUCACGCCAUGUGGACGGAGAUCCCUUCAACAUGCCAAGACACAUUUACCUACACCGUCAGACAGACCCCCUACAGGGAACACGUGACUGGAGGAAAUCACACUGAUACUUUAUGUGGCAGUUCAGUUUGUGAUAUUGAUGUGAACCAAGAUGCACACAGAAUAAAUCUCAGAAUCUUCCACGAUGACUUCCUGUUUGUGGAGGACUCCGUUUACGUACCGUCCAUCGGAGAGAGCCUCCCUCGAGUUACCGACAUCCGGACCUCAACCCUUGAACGUGUUAUUCUGGUGAGCUGGAAGGCUCACGCUCAGCCCGUCAGCGGUUACAUGAUCGACUACACACACGAUGGAAACCAGUACCACUGGAAGCAAACCACAUACACGAACGCAACGCUGUUUGACCUCCUGGAUAAGAAGCCAUACGAUAUUACAGUAACUCCCCUCUUUGGCGAUAAGACAGGUCAUGGCACACAGGCCCUUCCCACCUGCUCCAGAGUCGGAGAUCCAGGGAACGUCACUAUCACCGAACUCAAGGCUAAAGACAAGAGCGUCCUCGUGAGAUGGACCGUGAAGUCACAGGAGGCGUGCAGUGGUGUUGUCGUCGACUACACCAUCUUCUACGGUACACAGGAAGGACCACCGCUCAAUGUCACCGUAGAAAGCACCACGCAGGACAUCAUUCUGAAAGGUCUGAAUCCAGAAACCCAAUACAGAGUCUAUAUUAAGGCCACAGCUCUUACUGGAACCUCCAAAAGCAGUGAGAGGCUCUUCAAAACCAAAAGAUUUGAUCCGAGGCUCAGCGCAGCACUCGGCGUCUCCGGAGGCAUCCUUAUAGUUCUUGUGUUAUCUCUGGGACUGUGCUGUGCUAUUCAGUGGCAGAAAUUCAAGGAGAAGCCGGUGCCUGACCCUGGCAACAGCUCUGUGGCGCUGUGGUCAUCGACGAGUCAUGAAAAGGGAAUAUGCCCCUUCCAGCCGUUCCAUAAUCCAUCGGAAAGCUUUUGUGACAGGAUUUACACAGCGGAAGCUCAGAGACCAUCCACCUCUCCGCCAGCUGCAGGCAGUAAUGACAACCCAGACGGUGACCAGAAUAUGAGAGAGGAAUAUGGUGACCCAGCCACAGUCCUAGCACCACACAUACAGAAUGAAGUCCCAGCUGAACCUGUAGAGACACAUCAUCCGUCCUUUCCUGGAGAAACCACAGAACUACUCUGUUCAGAGGACAGCCCAUCCAGCCCAUAUCAAAGUCAGCGUCCGGUGGAAACACCUGCCCUGAGGAUCAGUAAGCAGUGUAUGCAU